AAUACAACUGUAACGACCCGAAUUCUGGUUUCGAAAAUUUUUAGCCGGCUAAAGCCCAAGCAUUACAAGAUGGCCAUAUUUUUGCCCAUAAAUAAUCAACUCCAGCCUUGGUUUCUCCUCCUGCAAAGAAAAAGAUAGAAGUUAGAGAGAAAGAGCUAGAGAGAAGUGAGAGAAGAGAAAGUGUGAACCUUUGGAGAAGCUGAGCCACCAGAGCUCGCCGGAGCCACCACACGCCAAGACCAAGCCAAGCUCAUCACCACCGUUCGUUGUAGUCGGUAAGCGUCGGAAACCGCCAUGCAUUUGAGUUUAGUUUCGUGCGUUUAGUAAAUCGUCUAUAACUUUCUAACCGUUGCGAAUCUCGUGCAUGCAAACCCACCAUCGUGUUCCUCUCGUCGAGACGAAUCCAUAGCCACCAGAAUCGUCGCAAUCGGAGCUCGGACGAAGCCGUACGAGCCCUCCAAAGUUUCGCCGGAAAUCGCAUCCGCCACCGCCGGACCACCGUUAUCCGCCGCCGGACCACCGCUUCUCCGACGCCGGUCCGCCGCUUAUCCGCCGCCGGACUGUCAUCGCCGCCGAUUUGGAGUCUAUUUUAUCAGUGGGAGUUCAUAGAUACCACUUCUCUUCAUUGCUAAGGUGAGACCGAUGAGCAGGAGUGAUCAUAUCGGACUAGUGCUACUAUUUGGGCUCGUGGGCUUUAUCGUUUAUCGUUUUAUCUUUUAUCGUUAUUGGGCCUUCAGGCCUUUGGACUUCUAUCGUUUAUGUUAUUUCUUAUUUCAGCCUUCGGGCUUAUAUUGUUAUCGAUAUUUCAGAUGUUUAUUUUCGGGUUUGACUUUAUGGUAUUGUAUUUGACUUUAUGAUAUGACGUGGAUUUUAUUAUCCGUAUUAUUAUUAUUAUUUCCGCUGCGCUACUAUUUAUUUAUCUCGAAUUAUUUUAUCAUUAUUCGCCAGACGCGGUCGCGUCAGGUUUUGGUAUCAGAGCCGUGUUCCGUCCCGGCUCCGACCCGGGAUGGCGAUUUCUGGAGACUCGGUUUUUAUUCGGUUUUAAUCGGUUUUCAAAUAUUUAUGGGGAUAUGGGGAUUUUAAAAAUAAGAAAAAAAUAGCACCUUUCCGUUCGAUAUCACUCCUUUAAUUGUUGGAUUUCGUCAGAAGUUAACUCGUUGCCUUCAUUUCAGAUGCCGCCGAGGAGAGCUACCCGUGCUCAGAUCGCUAGAGAUGCUAGAGAGGCUCAGGAUGCGCAUGUUCAGCCCGCAGUUCCGCAGCCCGUUGCUCCGCAGAUUGAUCAGGAUGCCGUGAGACAGAUGAUUCAGGAGUCAGUUCAGCAGAUUGCCCAAGAGGCAGCCAGACAAGCCGCUCAGGAGGCUGCCCGGGUAGCUGCUCAGGAAGUUGCUCGACAGAUGGCUGCAGCUCAGCAGGUUCCGCAGGGUCCUCAGAUUCAUGUGCAGCAGGGUCCGCAGAUUCAUAUGCAGCAGGUUCCGCCAGUUCAGGUUCAGCAUGAUCAUCAGGUUCCAGCUCAGCAGGCCCCAGCGCCACAGUAUCCGCAGGUUCCUAUUCAGCCAGUUCCAGGGGUCUUCCAGGUUCCACCACCGCCGCCUGCUUUUCCAGUGCAUGUACCCGAGGUUGAUGAGACAUUUAUCAGGGUGUUGUCACAGAUGAAGUAUGUGAACUUGGAGCAUUUCAGUGGUACCACAGACCCUACACUUGCUCACGAUUGGAGGCACAGUUUGGAUAAGUGUUUGAACACUAUCUCAUGCCCACCAAGGCACAAGCUUAGGAUUGCUGAGUUGUAUUUGCGCGGAGAUGCAGCAGUGUGGUGGGAUGGAGUGCGAGUGAUGCACCACGGCGAGAUGACUUAUGAGGAUUUCAUGUAUGCAUUCAACAAGAAGUAUUUUCCAAGAGAAGCUUUGGAUGAGAAGAAGAACGAUUUUGAGAGUUUGAGGCAGGGUGGAAAGUCUGUCAGAGAAUAUGAGCAUGAGUUUCGCCAGCUUCACCGAUUUGCGGGUAAUGGUAUGGAUGAGGAGGAUCUUAUCAGGAGGUUCUUAAAAGGGAUGCGAGUAGAACUUCACGGUAGGUGCAGUAUGGUCACCUAUACCAGUUUGGAAGAUCUGGUAGAAAAGGCCGUUGUGCAAGAGAAAUGUAUUGCAGCGGAGCAGAAGUUCAACAAGGCAGCUCAGCAUAAGUCUGAAGGAGCUUCAGAGUCACAGAAGAGGACAUGGGAUCAGCCGAGUAUCCAGUGCCAUAAUUGUGGAUUGUUCGGGCAUGUUUCUAGAAAUUGUCGAAAGCCACCAGUUACCCAGUUUAUAGCGCCAGGAGCACCAGUAGCAGCAGCAGCAGCUAGGAACUGUUAUGGUUGUAACCAGCCAGGUCAUAUCUUCAGAGAUUGCCCUAGGAGGGGCAAUGCAGCGCUUCCACCACCACCGAAGCGCCUAGCCAUCGUUCCACGUGUGUUCACGGUGGGAGAUCACCAGGGAGCUGAGCCGAUAGCGGGUAUGUAUCUUUAUCAUACUUGUUUGUGUUAAGUAUUUGUUGUGGUCUCGUAAUUAUCUGUGUAGUUAGCAAAAAUCUCGUGUAGUUCGGUUUUGCUUAGAAGUAAGUUAGCUUGCACCUUGUUCGACAUGGAAGCUUCCCACAGAUUUGUGAGUUCACAUAUGGUCAAGUCUUAGCAUUUUUGGUGUAUCUUUAAAAGAAGACAAAGAGGGUUUGAGAGCAAUCAGUAUUCAUCGCGAUGUACCAGUUGCCUUUCGAGUAUUAAGAUGGCACCAUAUGAAGUCCUUUACAACAAGUUUUAUUACAUACCGCUUUGUUGAAGACAAAAGUGGGGGAGCGACGUGAGGUAAAAACCGCAAUGGGUCAAGAGAUGGUAGAGCAAAUGGACGUGAUCAAGUUUGGCCUUGGGAAGGCCAUGACCGUGAAAAGAAGUUAUGCAUGUAUGCAUCGUAAGGAUUUGGAGUUUCAUGCCAGUGAAUGAAUAUACCUAAAAUGAAGACAUUUUAAGGAGGAGCUAAGACACGGAAGUUGAAGAAGCUUAAACCGAAGUACAUGUUAUCAUAUCUUAUUUUUGGAGCGGUUUGGAGCAGUUCUUAGAGAUUGGAUUUAUCAACAGAGUUAUCAGAAUUUCAAGACGUGUUAAAUGUAUCUAUUAUGAAGAAGUCGAGAGAAAGUCAGAGCUUAUUUUCCAGCUGUGCCAGAUGACCUUAAAGAGAUUGUAAGCAUCUUCUCGACCAGUGAAGAUUUCGGAUCACCAAGUAAAAGCAUUUCAGAGAAUAAAACUGUGUUUGUCAGAGUUCGUUGAGAGAGAGACGAAGUUCAGGAGAAGACCUCAAAGAGAGCAGAUUGGGUAUCCGGAGUUUGUUACAAUGAUAUUGGACAUGUCAACUCCAUAUUCGAAUUCGGGGACGAAUUCCUUGUAAGUGGGGGAGAAUUGUAACGACCCGAAUUCUGGUUUCGAAAAUUUUUAGCCGGCUAAAGCCCAAGCAUUACAAGAUGGCCAUAUUUUUGCCCAUAAAUAAUCAACUCCAGCCUUGGUUUCUCCUCCUGCAAAGAAAAAGAUAGAAGUUAGAGAGAAAGAGCUAGAGAGAAGUGAGAGAAGAGAAAGUGUGAACCUUUGGAGAAGCUGAGCCACCAGAGCUCGCCGGAGCCACCACACGCCAAGACCAAGCCAAGCUCAUCACCACCGUUCGUUGUAGUCGGUAAGCGUCGGAAACCGCCAUGCAUUUGAGUUUAGUUUCGUGCGUUUAGUAAAUCGUCUAUAACUUUCUAACCGUUGCGAAUCUCGUGCAUGCAAACCCACCAUCGUGUUCCUCUCGUCGAGACGAAUCCAUAGCCACCAGAAUCGUCGCAAUCGGAGCUCGGACGAAGCCGUACGAGCCCUCCAAAGUUUCGCCGGAAAUCGCAUCCGCCACCGCCGGACCACCGUUAUCCGCCGCCGGACCACCGCUUCUCCGACGCCGGUCCGCCGCUUAUCCGCCGCCGGACUGUCAUCGCCGCCGGUAAGCCUCCGCCGUCGCCGCCGGUGAUCGUCGCCGGUGACUCGCCGGUGACUCGGUCAACUCGGCCGAGUCAACUCAGCGAGUCAACUCGGUUGACUCGGUAAACCGGUCGGUUGACUGGUUUGACCCGGUUUAAAUUAAUUUAGUUCGGUUAGGGUCGGUUAGGAAUAAACCGGUCGGUUAUGUCAAAUUGAUUUCUGGUCAAGGGUUGACCAGAUUGACCUUUGACCAGCGAGUUGACUUUUCCGUAAACCUUGACCAUAACCGUUUUCAUCCGUUCGAAAGGCGUUCUGACUCAGAAUUUCAUCCUGGUUUCAGAUUUGGAGUCUAUUUUAUCAGUGGGAGUUCAUAGAUACCACUUCUCUUCAUUGCUAAGGUGAGGGCUACUCCGUUUAAAUCCCGAGCUAGUUUAGUACUGCUAUUAUGAAAAGUUUAGUUUCGAAACAUGAUAAUCUCUGUGAAUCGAGUCUGUUUGAGUUUGUUUGAGAGUCUUGCGUGUUCAUAAUUGUUAUUGAUUGUUAAACCGGAACUAGGUUAAUAGAGGAUUCAACGGUUGUGUGAAAUGAUUGAUGCUGAGAACUGUCAUAUAUAUAUGUAUAUAUAUAGUUAUAUAGUAGGGACUAUGUGAUUGUGCGGGGGUUCGGAGAUGUCUGAGCUAUCGACGCAGCGGGUGUUUGUGCGGGGGUACAGAGACGUUUGUACUAUCGACGCAGCGGGUGUUUGUGCGGGGGCCCAGAGACGUCUGAGCUAGCGACGCAGCGGGAUUUGUGCGGGGGUACAGAGACGUUUGUACUAUCGACGCAGCGGGUGGUUGUGCGGGGGUACAGAGACAUACUGUACUAGCGACGCAGCGGUUAUCUAUAUCCUUAUGAGGAGAUGCGUGGUGCAGAGAGUAGCUGUGUACUAUAAGCGCAUGGGUUGUAGUUGGAUAGUUCUCUAGUCGCUUGUUGAUUGUUAUUUGUGGUGUAGACACCGUGUUUGUUUCAUGCUAGAGCUAGGCUUACAUAGUCGUAGUGCUAUGUACUGAGUCAGUGGUUUGCGGUUUAGCAUCCCAUACCUCACUGAGCGACUCCCCUGUUGCUCACCCCUCUUUCUUUCCCCUUUCAGGUGAGACCGAUGAGCAGGAGUGAUCAUAUCGGACUAGUGCUACUAUUUGGGCUCGUGGGCUUUAUCGUUUAUCGUUUUAUCUUUUAUCGUUAUUGGGCCUUCAGGCCUUUGGACUUCUAUCGUUUAUGUUAUUUCUUAUUUCAGCCUUCGGGCUUAUAUUGUUAUCGAUAUUUCAGAUGUUUAUUUUCGGGUUUGACUUUAUGGUAUUGUAUUUGACUUUAUGAUAUGACGUGGAUUUUAUUAUCCGUAUUAUUAUUAUUAUU